AAAGGAUCAUACAAAUUGUAUAUAAUUAAAACGUAUGACGCGAUUCUCCUUUUAAACAUCAACCCGCUUGAAUAUAUGAAGAGUUUCAUUCACCAUAACCGCACGAGAAAUGCCUGAAAACCACUCAAAAUCGGCGAAGAAAACUGCUCAUGGUUUUAGUGAUUUCCUCCUAACUUUUUCUUUCUUUCAUUAUUAUAAAUACCCACUUCUGGCAGUUGGGUUUUUCAUUGAAACCGCUGAAACCCUAGAAAUGUAAUUACAGAUAACCCCUUGUGUUUUGAAUAUUCUUAAUCCGCAACCCCCAAGAGCGAGCACUCAAUAUCUCAGUCGAAACCCAUCCGAGAUAUUUGAUUUUGCAAUUUAGUUUUCCUAAAGAACCCCUAAAACAUCAGAAAAUUGACAAAAGAAUCUCUGGGUCUGUUUUUCUUUCUUCACACCCUCCCAAGACCACUCCUUGGAGCUUCCUAAGCGUUUUCAAAUGUCUGUCUUGCAAGAAGAGCUGGUGGUUUUGAUAACUGGUUGCUCCCAGGGCGGUAUUGGCAAUGCCCUUGCCCGAGCCUUCGCUGCGGAGAAAUGCGUCGUCGUUGCAACGAGCAGGUCUCUGAACUCAAUGAAAGAUCUUGAGUAUGAUUCUCGGAUCUUCCUGCAAGAGCUCGAUGUUCUGUCGGAAGAAAGCAUCGUAAAAGCUGUGAGAAAUGUUCUAGAAAGAUUCGGAAGAAUCGAUAUUGUCGUGAACAAUGCGGGGAUCCAAUGCGUCGGCCCGCUCGUAGAAAUCCCAAUGGCUUCUAUCGAGCUGAUAUUCAGUACUAAUGUCUAUGGUCCCAUGAGGUUGAUUCAAGCUGUAUUCCCACACAUGGUGACCAGGCGAAAGGGUAAGAUAGUAAAUGUCGGCAGCGUCGCAGCUUUGGCCCCUAGCCCAUGGGCAGGUGUUUACAGUGCAUCUAAAGCUGCUCUGCAUGCCUUGACUGACAGCUUGAGGUUGGAACUGAGGAGCUUUGGCAUUGAUGUUAUUAAUGUCGCCCCUGGAGCAAUUAAAUCAAACUUGGGAAACAGUUCCUUAGCUGCCUACAAUCGGAUGCCCGAAUGGAAGCUAUACAAGCCAUUUGCGGACGCCAUACGUGCAAGGGCCGACUUUUCCCAGGGCCCCAAGUCUACACCGGCAGAUGAAUUUGCUAAGAGGGCUGUAACUUGUGUCCUGACGAAAAACCCACCAGGAUGGUUCUCAUAUGGCCAUCUUUCGACAGUUCAAGGCAUCCUUUACCACUUACCCCUUUUUAUCAGAGAUGAAAUUCUCAGGAGAGUGUUCAAAUGUUAAUAACUACAUUCAUCAUGCCAUUGCUUUAGAUUUGCAUGCAACCACAUUGAUCUUUAGGAAAAGAUGCUUUUGAUGCUGUUGUUCCAAGAUAAUGCCAGCUUAACGAAAAUUUCAGUUAUAGUUUGCCUUGCAACAGUGCUGGACGUGGCAGUACUUGUGAUAUUAAGGCCUUAUUUGGGAGUUCUCUAGAUGUUAGAUAUGCAUACCAACUUAAAUUACAAAGUGUAAUUUGCAUAUGCAACACAGCCACUUAUUUUAUCUAUUAUGUAUUGAGUUUGCCUUA